CAGCAUCUUGUCAUCUAGCCCUACCUACCCGAAGAAGAAGUAGAGCGGGUGGGAGCAGUGGAGCGUCUAGAAGCGUUUUGUUUAUCCUGUUGUUCAAGUCAAACACAUUACCGCAACGGUUUAGCAUUACUGUCUCUGGGAGUUCAAACAAGCGUCUGAGGAGUUUAAAUGGCGGCUAUAAGCAGUAUGAGCAGAAUGUCAGGGCUCUGUUUCCAUGCUGUUCGUCAAACGGCUGCACGUAAGGCGCUGAGGCUGCUGCAGCGGAGGUCCUUCAGAGUCACUGCCAUGCAUCAGCAGCAGCCCUUUGACUCCUCUCUGGAAAAGCCCCAGUUUCCUGGAGCCUCAGCAGAGUUUGUGGACCAUCUUGAAUUCAUUCAGCCCAAUGUUAUUUCUGGGAUCGCAGUGUACCGGGUGAUGGACAGGCAAGGCAACAUAAUCAACCCCUCUGAGGACCCUCAGCUCUCCAAAGAGACUGUGUUAAAUUUUUAUCAGAAGAUGACGCUGCUGAACACAAUGGACCGGAUUCUUUAUGAGUCACAGAGACAGGGUCGAAUCUCCUUCUACAUGACCAACUAUGGAGAGGAGGGGACACACAUUGGCAGUGCUGCUGCUCUAGAGUCUAAUGAUUUGGUUUUUGGUCAAUACAGAGAAGCUGGAGUGCUGAUGUACCGUGGUUUCCCUCUGGAUCUCUUCAUGGCUCAGUGUUACGCCAAUGCUGAUGACCUCGGGAAGGGCCGACAGAUGCCUGUCCACUAUGGCUGCAAAGAACGGAAUUUUGUCACAAUCUCGUCUCCUUUGGCCACACAGAUUCCUCAAGCGACUGGAGCUGCGUACGCACUGAAGCGGGAGAACACAAACCGUGCCGUGAUCUGUUAUUUCGGGGAGGGAGCAGCCAGUGAAGGGGAUGCCCACGCCGGAUUCAACUUCUCAGCAACUCUCGAGUGCCCGCUGAUAUUCUUCUGUCGCAACAACGGCUACGCGAUCUCUACCCCGACCAACGAGCAGUACAGGGGGGACGGCAUCGCUGCUCGUGGGCCUGGUUAUGGCAUGCUGUCCAUUCGCGUUGAUGGGAACGAUGUGUUUGCCGUGUACAACGCCACAAAGGAAGCACGGCGCAGGGCUGUGGCUGAAAACCAGCCUUUCCUUAUCGAGGCAAUGACUUACAGAAUCGGGCAUCACAGCACAAGUGAUGACAGCUCAGCCUACCGCUCUGUGGACGAGGUGAACUAUUGGGACAAGCAGGACCACCCCAUUUCCCGGCUGAGGCACUACAUGACUGCACGCAGCUGGUGGAGCGAGGAUGACGAGCGCAGCUGGAGAAAACAGUCCCGUAAGACUGUGAUGGAGGCGUUCGAGAGGGCCGAGAGGCGCCUGAAGCCCAACCCUGAGCUGCUGUUCACUGACGUGUACCAGGAGAUGAUUCCUAGCCUGGAAAAGCAGAGGGAGUCCCUCUUUAGGCACAUCCAGCAGUAUAAAGAGCACUACCCCCUCGAACUGUAUGAGAAAUAACCGCAGUUGUGGCAACGUUUAAGUGAACAAAUGUGGUUGUGUGAAGACUGAAAGUAGCUGUGGUACACUGCUGCAAAACACAUAAGGUAUUCAUAGAGCAGUUUUGAUGUGUCAUUUCACUCUGCGCACAAUAUAGAAAGAACUUCUAAUGGUUUUUGGUGCCUUACGGUAGAAGUAAAAGCCACAAUUCACAUACAUGAAAUACUUCCAGGAAUUUUGGUUUGUUUUGAAUGCUGAUCCAACAGACGCAUUAAAAAAAAGGACAUCAGACAGCAGGAUCUGGAUAUCUUUACCCCCUUUGUCUAUGUAUCUUUCAUCACAUCAGUUGAUGAGCAGAUUUCCUUGAGUGUCAUUGAUGUCAUCUGAAUUGCUCAAUAAUAUAAUCUGCAUCAUUAGUUUUUGUUUGUUGAGAUGCUGUUACACCAUAUCCUGUUUCCCACAACUGUAGAUCUGAUUACAUAAAUGGGUUGUUUUGUUGAAAAUAAACUGUAAAACAAU